AAAGGCAACAACUGCCGAAAACACAGCCGGCCGACCUCUGGCAUUACUUGGGAUUUAUUCUGGCCAGAGGUGGGUUUGAAAGAAACUGCAGAAAUGGGGUUUUUUGGGGAUCCAAGAACUGAAGGGAUUCUCAGAUUCUGUGCGAUUAUUGGCCUUAUUCUAACAGUUUGUUUGCUGGGUUUUGAUAAACAAACUACUCAGAUCUUUCAUGUCGACAAAAAGGCCACUUUCAGAAGUUUGCGUUCUCUCAUAGUGAUUAUGUAUGUGAACUCAGUGGCAGCUGGGUACAAUCUUCUUCAACUCUGCAAGUGUUGGAUCUCAGCUCAGCCAAAAUUAGGAGCCUCAAAAUUAGGGGCUCACUAUGAUAUUUACAUAUUUUGGAUUUCUUUCUUCCUUGAUCAGGCAAUUGCAUAUGUGAUAUUUGCGGCGAACACGGCGGGGGUGGAGGCGGCUCUUCUGGCGAUCACCGGAGCCUACAACCUUCAAUGGAUGAAGCUGUGCAACAGAUUCACCAGAUUUUGCUUCCAAGCUGGUGGAGCUUUCCUUUGUGGCUAUGCAGCUUCUCUUACAAUGGCUGCCAUUUCCUUCAUUUCUGCUUUCAAUUUGUUCACCCAUUACUCUCCAAGCCACUUCCUGCGACCAAAAUCCAAGUGAUUCCAUCCCCAUAGCUUGUAUAUUUUGAUAUUCCACACUCUUAGGAAAACUCAUAGCUUUACCAAAUCCUAUGAAUCCGUAUUUUAGUGUAUUUAGUUGAUUGAAUUAUCCGCGGGCAACCGUCUUUAUGAGAUCUUUCGAGUUGAGUUUAAAGUAGAUGAUAUCUUAUCAUUAUGAAAGGUGUUAAAGUAACAAUUGUACUAGCUAGAGUCAUAUUGGUGCAGACGCAUGGAAUAUUCUAAAGUUUGAAAAGAAAAAAUAGUUUCUGUUAAA